ACGCAAGUGAAGCUCACUCCCCAGAGAUGACGAUGAUUGGACAGUCGGUGCGAAUGAUCGUGUGUCACGAUUAUGUUUUUUGCUUUGGUUUGGUCUUAUUGAGGGUCAUUGACAUACGUGUCUCGGGCGUGCCGCACCGUGGCUCAGUACUCGUGUGUAGUACGAAGGGAGUGCGUUUCCGUUGCACGCGGACCAAGCAGCCUGCUCGUUUCCCAUUUGCUUUGGACUUCGGGGCUGGGGUGGGUGGGUAGUCAGACUGCUGGCAGUCUUUCACCGUCUUCUGUUUCUCUCCAAACCCCCCAGAGAAAAGUAGCUGGACCUUAGUACACCACUUUCAGAAGGUUGCCAAGACCAGACCUGGACCUAAGUGUUUGCAGUAGGCAGAGCGUGAACACCUACCUCUUCAUGAUGCAGGCUCAAGGCAUUCUGAUCCGGGACAACAUGAGAACCAUCGGAGCUCAGGUUUAUGAGCAGGUGGUUCGGAGUGCUUAUGCCAAGAGGAACAGCAGCGUGAAUGACUCAGAUUAUCCUCUUGACUUGAACCACAGCGAAACCUUCCUACAAACCACAACGUUUCUUCCCGAAGACUUCACCUACUUUGCAAACCAUACCUGCCCUGAGAGGCUCCCUUCCAUGAAGGGCCCAAUAGACAUAAACAUGAGUGAGAUCGCAAUGGACGACAUCCAUGAAAUCUUCUCCAAAGACCCAGCCAUCAAGCUCGGAGGUCACUGGAAGCCUUCGGAUUGCAUGCCUCGAUGGAAGGUGGCGAUCCUCAUCCCCUUCCGGAACCGCCACGAGCACCUCCCAGUCCUGCUCAGACACCUGAUUCCCAUGCUCCAGCGCCAGCGUCUGCGGUUUGCGUUUUAUGUGGUUGAACAGGUCGGCACCCAGCCUUUUAAUCGAGCCAUGCUUUUCAACGUCGGUUUUCAAGAAGCAAUGAAGGAUCUGGACUGGGACUGUCUUAUUUUUCAUGAUGUGGAUCAUAUACCAGAAAGCGAUCGGAACUACUAUGGAUGCGGGCAGAUGCCGAGACACUUCGCAACCAAGUUGGACAAGUAUAUGUACCUGCUUCCUUACACCGAGUUCUUUGGUGGAGUCAGCGGCUUAACGGUGGAACAGUUCCGGAAGAUCAAUGGCUUCCCAAACGCUUUCUGGGGUUGGGGUGGAGAAGAUGAUGACUUAUGGAACAGAGUACAGAAUGCAGGCUACUCCGUGAGCCGGCCAGAAGGCGACACCGGGAAAUACAAAUCUAUUCCUCAUCACCAUCGAGGAGAAGUCCAAUUUCUUGGAAGGUAUGCUCUGCUGAGGAAGUCCAAAGAACGGCAAGGGCUGGACGGCCUCAACAACUUGAACUACUUUGCAAACAUCACAUACGACGCCUUGUAUAAAAACAUUACUGUCAACUUGACGCCCGAGCUGGCUCAGGUGAGCGAGUACUGAGAGGAGGAGAGGAUGUAUGUGCUUUACCCGCCGCCACCCAGAAGGCAGCCUGGUGUGAGGUCUGGGGGCUCCACACAGGAAGAGAGUAGAAAUACAG